GAGGUCUCGGGUUAUGUUAGGGAGCACUUCCCUGUUAAAUAGAUCAUAGAAAGCACUUCGCCAUUAAAUUAGCCCAACGGUAAGCAAACCUUGACUAGUCAGACCAACAAGUUCCGAAUAUCAAAUGGUCAUAGCCCGCAAAAGAAAAAAAGUAGAGUGGUCCAACUAGUCACCUUGUUGGUGAGGAUUUGAUUCCAUGCUCGUAAUCUCCUCCCACAUUUUUCAUUCCCUACCCUCAAUUUUUUUAUAAAAAAAUAAUUGUAUAAAAACUAUCUUCUCUUCCUCUAUUCCUAUAAAUAAGAGAGGAAGUGGGAGAGACAUAUCCAAAAAUAGAUAAGGCUAUAAGGUGGUUUUGAAUUGUGAGGAUCAAGAAUGGGAGGUGGUGGCAAUAUGUCUAAUCCAACAGCUAAAACAGAACUAAAGCAAAAUCCUCUCCAAAGAAUGCCAACUUCAAAGCCCCCAUUUACAAUUGGUGAUAUCAAGAAGGCUAUCCCUCCCCACUGCUUUAAACGAUCUCUCAUCCGCUCAUUCUACUAUGUCGUUCGUGAUCUAUCACUAGUUUCCGUCUUCUACUACAUCGCCUCCACUUACUUUCACCUCCUUCCAUCCCCAUAUUGCUACCUAGCAUGGGUUGCUUACUGGAUUGUUCAAGGUUGUGCUUUUACUGGAAUAUGGAUGGUUUCCCAUGAAUGUGGACACCAUGCCUUUAGUGAUUACCCGUGGGUAGAUGACACUGUAGGUUUUAUCCUUCACUCUGCACUUCUAGUGCCAUACUUUUCACUUAAAUAUAGUCAUAGUCGUCACCACUCACACACCAAUUCUCUUGAUGGUGAUCAAACUCACGUGCCAAAGAUUAAAUCCGAACUACCAUGGUUCUACAAAUACUCGAACAAUCCACUAGUACGAAUACUCCUACUUGUCACGGCCCUCGGUCUCGGCACAUUUUUGUAUUGGACCAUAAAUUUCACGGGAAAGAAUUAUGGCCGCUUUGCAUGUCACUUUGAUCCAUAUGCACCUAUUUAUAAUGAUCGUGAGAGGUUAUGGAUCUACAUCUCAGAUGCAGGUUUGAUAGCAACUACUUAUGUGUGGUAUCGCAUUGCUCUGGCACAAGGGCUAGCUUGGGUUGUAUGUAUUUAUGGGAUGCCCCUCCUAAUUCAUAAUGUAACCUUAGUAUUAGUGACUUAUUUGAACCACACUCACCCUUCA